UCACUGGCUAUACAAAAUGUAAAUUAGGUGUGUCCCGAUGUUAACAGGUUGGCGGUUGCAGCGACAAACGAAAACAAUUAUUAAGAUAUACACACACACAUACACAGGUCUCCUUUCACCCGUGAAGUGAAAAUCUCCUUUAAAUUAAAACGUUUGUUGUUGUUUUCUUUCGGUUUGGAUAUUACUUUUUAAGAUUUUGUGGAUUUUAUCGUCUGCUGGUGAAUUCGCAGACGACAGUUUCUAUAGUAGCAGUCACUACACCUGGUCAUCUUGAACACAGACUCGCAUACAUCACCUGUGAAUUGAAAUGUCGAAGCGAAUACAAACGGAAGUGCAAACGAUAUUUGACAAAUAUGUCAAGAACUUCGUCAGGCGGUUAAAAAAGGAGGACGCUCUGCGCAUGCUCCAAACGGAGUUCCACAUGAGCUAUGAGGAGGCGGAUAUAAUGUUCGGGGUGUUUGAUAAGGACAACAACAACGAACUCAGUCUGUGGGAGUUUCAACAGUUCUACAACACCAUUGGCGCAGACGCCCACGAAUACCUGACGCUGUUUCACACACUGGAGAAGGAUCACAGCGGAUGCGUGGACAUCGAGAAAUGUUUCGACGCCAUGAAGACGCUGAAGACCGGAAGUGGGAGGUACCUGGAAGAGCGCGAAAUCGAGAUGUUCAUGAAGAGUACCGCGGGCCCCAGCAAAAGCAUAGACAUGCCAAAAUUCAUCAAUCUUCUUUGCCGCGUGAAAAUUCAAAAGGAUUUGCCGCCAAAACAGGAAAGCGAAGCAAUCAAGACUUCCCAAUAGCCAAAGCUUGGUUGAAUCAUGGCUUUAGAUAUACACAUGUCCGAUACUCCAUGCAUUACACCAGGCCUGGUGCUUAUUAAACGUUUAGAGUCUCGACUCUAGACUUUAAUAAGAGUCUGUGACAAUAAUGUGUGUGACGUCAUUAAAGAUUGAGUCUGGACUCUAAAAAUGUUAUAAGCACGGGUCCUGGCCUGGUGCUUAUAAAACUUUUAGUCUGGACUCAACCUUUAAUAAAGAAUCUGAGAGACUGAUGUCAUGACAACGCCAAACAAACUGUAUGCGUGUGACGUCAGCCUGGACACUAAACGUUUUAACAAGCACGGGUCCAGAGGUGUAAUUAAUAUCGACUUUGUUAGAAUGAAUCACAGAAAUAUUUUAAAUCUUUAUAAUGUGUACAAAUAUUUUGUUACAAAGGGAGACAACUAGAACUCGCUUAGCUUGUGUAAAUAUGAAACAUUCCCUCUUCAUCUUCGACAAACUCGAGGUGGACCAAAUAAGGCAGUGGUGGAUCUAGUGGGGGCCCAGGGUCCCUUCCCAUUAAUUUUUAGUUUUAUUUUACUUUUUCAUUUUGUUACGUUAGAGAAUCCGAGUAAUCCCUUCGGGAACCCAACGUUUGUGACCUUCGGUCAUUAUCACCCCCCUCCCCCUAAUGUAUUUUCUGGAUCCGCAACUGUAAGGCCUUAUUUGAGACAAAAGUGAGUUUCGUGCGAACAUUUGUUAAAAUAAUCAUUUUGUAAGAUGACUACAUUUAGGAUUGGAUUAUCUAUCUGGACUAGUACGUCAUAGGAUUUUAUUAUUAUUAUUAUUAUUAUUAUUAUAUAAUAUGUAUAUACCAGAAGCGAACGCAAUGUUAAUAGAUUUAUUGGUUGUAGUACCUAUUAACUAUUGAAUAUAUAAGUAAUUAUCAUAAGGCCAUAGGUGUUGUUGGAAGCGAGGGUGGUGGUGGGGGGUGGGGGUGGGGGUGGACGGGGCCCUACACCCUGAUUCUGAUGAUUAUGCAUUCCCAAAGUUGAAUUAAUAUAGAACUGCCCCACACCCACCCACUCCCACCCCUCCACGUUGCUGGCAUCUUCUGAUACCUAUGCCAUGACCUACUAAAGUCCUAAUCCAAAUUAUACCCUACCAUGAUGGUGAGAUACAAAUAAUAUUUGACUAAAAACAUGACGUAUCCUCUAUUUAUUACACACCAGGGUAAGAUAUUGCUCAUGUCAUAACAAUCACUCGAUAUCUAACUAGUGUAAUAUUGGCGUGACAUGAGCGU